AUGGAAUUGCAUGGCUUGGCACGCACGAUUCAAUCCUGGUCCUCGAUUCGCGAAGGGAGACAACUCCACGUGGCAUUCCUCAAAACCGGUAUUCUUCACUCCUCCGUCAGCGUGGCAAACCGGCUCCUCCAGUUGUACUCUCGCUGCGACCAUCUCCGCGAUGCGUCCCACCUGUUCGACGAAAUGCCCCAAACAAACCCUUUCUCCUGGAACACCCUCAUCCAAGCCCACCUCAACUCAGGCCACACCCACAUGUCUCUCCACUUGUUCAACGCCAUGCCUCACAAGACCCACUUCUCAUGGAACAUGGUCGUUUCCGCUUUUGCCAAGUCCGGACACCUCCAACUGGCUCACUCUCUCUUCAAUGCCAUGCCCUCAAAGAACAACCUCGUAUGGAAUUCCAUCAUUCAUGGUUAUUCCCGACACGGGAAUCCUCUUCAAGCGCUAUUACUCUUCAAAAGCAUGAACUCAGACCCUUCACAGAUAAUGUACCGUGAUGCCUUUGUGCUGGCAACUGUUCUUGGUGCUUGCGCUGACUUGUUGGCUCUCAACUGUGGGAAACAAGUCCAUGCGCGUGUUUUCAUCGAUGGUUUCGCGUUGGAGCUUGACAGGGUCUUGUGCAGCUCGCUGAUUAACUUGUAUGGAAAGUGUGGUGAUUUGGAUAGUGCUGCUCGUGUUGUGAGUCUUGUGAGGGAAGUUGAUGAGUUCUCUUUGUCAGCUUUGAUAUCUGGUUAUGCAAAUGCAGGGAGAAUGAGGGAGGCCAGAAGGGUUUUUGAUAGUAUGGUUGGUCCGUGUGCUGUGAUGUGGAAUUCGGUUAUUUCGGGUUAUGUGUCCAACGGUGAGGAGAUGGAGGCGGUGAGGCUUUUCGGUACAAUGCUUAGGAAUGGUGUUCGGGGAGAUGUCUCCACUGUUGCUAAUGUUUUGAGUGCUUGCAGUGGCUUACAGGUUGUUGAACUUGUUAAGCAAAUGCAUGCCUAUGCUUGUAAAGCUGGGGUGACUUGUGAUAUAGUGGUUGCUAGUGCUCUGCUUGAUGCCUACUACAAAUGUCAAAGCCCUUGUGAAGCUUGCAAGUUUUUUAGCGAGCUCGAAGAUUACGAUACGAUUUUGCUUAAUACUAUGAUCACUGUGUAUUCUAAUUGCGGAAGGAUUGCAGAUGCGAAAUGGAUUUUUAACAGAAUGCCUAGUAAAACCUUGAUUUCAUGGAAUUCAAUACUAGUUGGCCUAACCCAGAAUGCUUGUCCAAGCGAAGCGUUGGAUAUUUUUUGUCAGAUGAAUAGGUUGGAUAUAAAAAUGGACAGGUAUAGCUUUGCCAGUGUAAUCAGUGCUUGUGCCAGCAAAUCAGCUCUUGAACUUGGUGAGCAGUUAUUUGGUAAAGCCAUUGCCAUUGGGCUUGAAUCUGAUCAGAUAAUAUCUACCUCCCUUGUUGAUUUUUAUUGCAAAUGUGGUUUUGUUGAGACAGGGCGUAAAGUUUUUGAUGGACUGGUAAAAACUGAUGAAGUGUCGUGGAACACAAUGUUGAUUGGGUAUGCCACAAAUGGAUAUGGAAUUGAAGCUCUAACACUCUUCAGUGAAAUGAGGUAUAGUGGUGUCAGGCCUUCUGCCAUUACUUUUACUGCGGUUCUUUCCGCCUGUGAUCAUAGUGGUCUGGUUGAAGAAGGAAGAAGUUUGUUCCAUACAAUGAAACAUACCUAUAACAUGAAUCCAGGGAUUGAACAUUACUCUUGCAUGGUUGACCUUUUUGCCCGAGCUGGAUGCUUCGAGGAAGCACUGGAUCUUAUUGAAGAGUUGCCUUUUCAGGCUGAUGCCAACAUGUGGUUGUCAGUAUUGAGAGGCUGCAUAGCUCAUGGAAAUAAGACUAUUGGCAAGAUGGCUGCAGAGCAAAUCAUUCAGCUUGAUCCUGAAAAUGCAGGUGCUUAUAUACAAUUAUCUAACAUACUUGCAUCUUCUGGGGACUGGGAAGGGUCAGCACUAGUAAGAGAACUGAUGAGAGGUAACCAAGUUCAGAAGAUUCCUGGUUGUAGUUGGGCAGAUUGUUGAAUGAGAAACUCUACUGAGUGUCUUAGUUUCCAGGUGAAGAUUAGCCAAUCCGAAGAGGACAAUUCUGGACAGAAAUAAGCUUGGAACCAUCAUUAGCUUCCAAAGUAUUUUGGCCUAUUUUCAGGUUGACUAACUGAUUUCAAGAGAUGAACAGCUUAAGAGUACGUGGUUUAAGUUGGGUUAAGUCUAUUUCUUGCUAGCAGUGCUGUGAAUGCUCUAUCAGGAGGCUAGAAACACAUUUUACCCAUAACACGUGAUACGCUGUGUUAUGUUAUACUAUUGGCUCCAAAAAUUGGAGAAAGCUUGGUGCUUACAUUUAUUCUUUACUUUACGUGACAUAAUCUAACCAACAAGCAUGUUAUGCUGUCUGUACCAAGGUUCGUACUAUGUAAUCAAGUAAUCUUGCAUGUAUUUUAUAUAUCAUCUCAACUGAAUAUGAUAUUGACGGGAAAGGGAAUGGGUCAU